AUGAAAGUUAAAAAUUGUAAUUUGAAAUGUAUACAUAUUAAAGGCAAUGGUGAUACAUACUUACAAUCUCUUAGUUUGAUGAAAUAUUUUUUUGAAGACUGUAAAUAGAGUAUUGUGAUUACAUUAUUAUUUAGGGAAGCUUUUAGAUUAUGAUUAUCUAAAGGGGCAGCCAAUGUAAUUCUAUGAUAAAAUACACGAAACGUACAAAUACGCUAUUUUUUCUUAUAUUUGUAAAGGUUAGUACAACUUAAUAAUUUCAAUUAGGGAUAUCACUAGAUUAUUUAUAAAAAUACAAAGAAGCGAUUGCUUGCUAUGAUCAAGCUCUUAAGUUGAAUCCUUUAAAUCAGGAAGCAUUUAAGUAUAAAGGUAUCCCUUAUAAAUAUAUUAUUAGGAAUUUCUUUAUCCUAACUUGAACUCAAUGAGAAAUCUAUUUAAUGCUACAAUUAAUAUAUUAAGCUAAAUCAACAAGACACAGAAAUAUACUAUCGAAAAGGUACAUGAAAUAAGAAAAAAAGGAAUUUCAUUACAGUUUUUAGAUCGAUAUGAAGAAGCUCUAACAUGUUAUGAUUAAGCUCUACAAUUGACCUCUUAAUUUAUUUAGAAUAAUUAGGGUAAUGAACCACCAUUCAUCAAUAGUCAAAGCCCAGGCUUAAAUUCCUCAAAAGUUAAAAAAUCAAUAUGAAGAUACUAUUUCUUCGUAUAAUGAAUUUCUUUAAUAGAAUCCAAAACAUCUUUAAACAUAUAUUAAUAAAGGUAAAAUUAGAUCAUAAUAAUUUUUAAGCAAUAUUACUAAACUAAUUAGAGAGAUUUGAAGAGGCUUUGAUGUGCUAUAAUUAAGCAAUCCAUUUAAAUGCAAAGAACUUUGACGCAUUAAAUGGCAAAGGUAUACAAUAAUAUAUUCUUUUAGGAAUUUCAUUACAUUAUCUAAAAAGAUAUUAUUUGGCACUUGAUUGCUUUGAUAAAGCUCUGAAAGUUAAUGCUUCAGAAAUUAAAGCACUUGUUAAUAAAGGUAACAGAAGGACUUAUAUAUUAAAUUUUUUAGGAAUUUGCUUAACUUAAUUAGAUAGGUUUUAAGAAGCAAUAGUUUGUUAUGAUAAAGCCAUCUUAAUAAGCAAAAAUUAACUUAACUAUUUUAUUCAAAAAGGUAUCACAUUUUUUUAUGUUGUAAAUAGGAAUUUAAUUAUAAGAGAUAAUACUUUAUAAUAAAGCUAUUUAAAAUAAUUAAGUCUAAGGUAAUAGCUUUUUUAAUCCAUUAGAAUUCCAAGAUAAAUAACAAGAAUAACUUUAAACUUUAUCCUUCUCUGAUUGUUAAAUUAAUUCAUUUACAUAAAUUGAUAAAAUUUAUCUUAAUAAAGGUAAUAAAUUUUAAUUUAUUGUCUUUAGGUAUAGCAUUAAGCUAAUUAUAAAGCUAUGAAGACUCUUUACUUUGUUAUGAGUAGGCUUAAAAAAUAAAUGCAAUUAAUCCAGAAUCUCAUAUUCAAAAAGGUAUUUUAAUCAUUAAUGAGGGAUUACUUUGUAUUAUUUAAAUCGAUAUGGAGAAGCAAUUGCUUGCUAUGAUUAAGCUAAACAACUGGACUCAAAAAAUAUCAAGUGUUAUUUAAACAAAGGUAUAAUAUAAUUUUCUAGAAAUGCAAAGGAAUGGCUUUAAAUCAAUUAGACUAAUACAAUGAAGCUAUAGUAUGUUUUGACUAGGCAAUUAAAAUAGAUCCUUAAAAUUAUGAGAUAUUUUAUAAUAAAGGUAUUUUAAUUAUUUAUUUAGGUGUUUCAUUACAAUACUUAAAAUAAUUCAAUAGUGCUGUGCAUUGUUAUGAUCAGGCACUGAAACUUAACCCAAAGUAUCCUGAUUUAUAUAUCAGCAAAGGUAGAAAGCAUAUCUUUAUAAUAGGAAUCUCCCUACAUAUGCAAAAACGAUAUGAUGAAGCUAUAAAUUAAUAUAAUUAGGCUAUCGAAUUGAACAAAGAAAAUGCGGAACCUUAUUAUAGAAAAGGUAUUGAUGACAGUUUAAUAAUAACAUAGGAUUUUCAUUAUAUGACUAAUAGAAAUAUUAAGAGGCUCUAAAUGCCUAUGAUCUUGCCCUUAAAUUUAUGCCAUAAAAUACAAAGAUAAUUAUUCAUAAAGGUAGCAAAUAUUGUAUUUGUUAGGGAUUUCUUUAAUGCAACUAGAAUAACACUAAGAAGCGAUAAAGUAGUUUGAUCUAGCUAUUUUAAUUAACCCAAAUGAAUUAGAUGCUUAUAGUUGGAAGGGUAAAUAUUAAAAUCAUUUUAGGAUUCUCACUAGAAAAUUAACAUAUGUAUGCAAAGGCAAUCCAAACAUACAGAUAAGCGCAAUGCUUAUUAGAAAAUUAGGAGAAUGAAUAUUAAUUAAAUAUUUUGGCUUGGCAAAAAGAACGUUGA